GUGUCUUUUUUGUAUAUCAAUUAUUCAACAACAGUGGUUGAAUUAACGCAAACUAACGUUAAAUUUUUCAAGCACAAGUGCGUCACGUUGAACCAAAUCCAACUUAGCUCGAUUUUUCUCAGUUACAUUUCAAAUCAAAUUCAGCUACAUACAGGAAUUUGAAAUUCAAUUUCAUUUUGCUAAACUAACAUUGAUAGUGUAUGUUGCAGUGGUAUAUAAAUUAUCAGUUAAACUCACCAUUUGUUGUUCAUCAGAUAACCAACCAGAAAGCCACCGACAAAAAGAGGGACCAAAAUCAGAAAAACUAACAACAGCAUUACCGACAGAUAAACAAAAACGCACGAGCAUAACAACCACUAUGGCACUAGAAGCGUUGUUUGGCCCAGUUCUCGAGAAGAGCGACAAAAGCGAAGUGAAGACGUCGGAACUUUCGAAGAGUGGCGACGGAGUUCUCGGAAUCUACUUCUCGGCUCAUUGGUGCCCCCCUUGUCGGGGAUUCACUCCUCAACUGGCAGAGGUGUACAACAAACUAAAAGCCGACGGAAAAGACUUCGAAAUUGUGUUCGUGUCGUCUGACCGAGAUCCCGCAGCCUUCGCCGAGUACCACUCGGGAAUGCCAUGGCUCGCGCUUCCUUAUGCAAACCGAGACAAGAAACAGGAGCUAUCGGACAAAUACGGAGUUCGAGGAAUUCCGACCUUGGUGCUGAUUAAUGCAGCUACAGGCGAAACGAUCUCAAAAGAAGGCCGUCAGCUGAUAUCCAAAGACGGAGCAGCGGGGUUUCCUUAUAAGGGCUAAUUUAAUAAACUACCCUCUCUGAUUGUACCGAAAAUUGAUAAAAUACAAUUAAUUCAGAAUAUGAAAUCG